UUCAUGGGGCGUGCUCUGUGCCAGGCCCCGGGCCAUGAAAAGGAGUCUAGUUCCCAAUGUCAUGGACCUCACAGUCCAUGACACUCCAGUCUGCUGGAAGAGGGAGACACUGCAGUGGACAUGGCUCAUUCUGGCUUCUAGGCAUCGGAACACCCUUUCUCUUGGGAAGAAACUCGAGAAAACACUUACCCAUCCUGCAAAAUCAGGUUCAGAGCUACCCUUUGUCACUGAAGGUGACUGAAGGCGAACCACUACCUUUGGCUUACCACUGUGCCAAGUCCACUUACUUAUCUCUACAUUGGAAGUUGCUCAAGGGCGGGGACCCCCACACCAAGCACCAGGAGGAGGAAGAGACCUCAGAGAUGCAUCCGCACAGAGGAAAGGCCGUGAGAAGACACUGGGAGAAGCAGGGAGACAGUCCUCAGGAGAAGCCAACCUUGCUUUGCCUUGAGCUUGGUUCUCCAGCCUCCAGAACCGAGAGGAGACCGAGGCAGAAUUCCAGAUGCCAUAUGCUCCGGGCAGGUGUUGUGGUGGAGGAGACUGGGUGCAGGAGGAGGUCUGAAGUGGAUGGACUUCUGUUCCCAGAGGCAUGGCACAGGCAUGGGGCUGCACUUGGCAUACCUGGGUGCCUGGGGCCCUGGGGUCCCGACUACUCUCACCAUACAGAGGCAAGAGAGGACUCACUGCUCCUUCCCAGCCCGGUGCUUCGCGCCUCACGCAUCACCCGCUCCCUAUUCAAGGCACAGAACAUGGGUAAACACGAGGAGCAUUCCCGGCUUGGUGUGGCUACUGGGCAGCCUGUGCACAGAACGGCAGAAGAUGAGGUGGGAGGAGGGCAGGAGCUGGGUGCUGCAGCUCCACAUCGAGGUGGGCACCAAGGACCAGAGUGACGGACUGUUGGAGACAUUCUAUGGGGGCAUGGUAGGACCAAGCUGCAUUUACAAAGACCACUCUGGCUGCACCUUGGAGCCUGGAUUGGAGAGGACCCACCAGGGGCCCGUUAAAGGGCUGUUCAGGAAAACACAGUGACUCUGAUUCUGAAUCCUGUGGCACUUCCAGGACACAGGCACAGAAAGAAUGGGUCUGUGGGAGGGCGAUUCCAGUUGGCCUGACAUUCGGGGACAAAGAGCUCCGUCAUAUGUUCAGCUUCUCCCUGAGUAUUUGUUGAGGUUGCAGAGGGAACGGUGUGCUCUGGACUUGCCAGAGUACAGGACAGGAGAGAUGAGAUCCGGGUUGGCCUCCCUGCCCAGAAUCCACCUGCCAGAAAGGUGACCUGCCCAUCUCCCGAACAGUGGCUUGGCUGGGGCUACCAGGCCUGGGAACACUGCACUGGGAGGUCCCCGCCUUGCCACCCCAUACCAGCUGCCCUCUCUGCUGAGUCCUCCAGACCCAGGGCCAGUGUCAGCAGUAGUGGUGGCAACUAUUUUUGGCACAAGCAAGCUCAGUGCUUUGCAUGGCCAGGUCCACAAUUUCAUUCACUCCUCCGGAGGCCCUAGGAGGGUGGUUUGUCACCCCAUUUUAAAGAUGAGGAAAGGGAAGCUCAUCGAGGUCAGGACUCCCCAGUCAUCCAGCUGUUUCUUAUGCCUCAAAGUAUACAUAUACAUUUUUUAUAUAAGAUCUUGUCUUUGCCACUUGUGGAAUCAGGGGUGGUACCAUCCAAGCAGGACAUGGGGUGGACAGAGCUCUGUGGGGUGGGGGUCCAGGGACAGGAAUGGGAAAGGAUAAGCUGCAACCCCAAGAAGUACUGAAUAUCCCACUCCACGUGGCUCCCCCGUCCCCGAGCAGGGGGCCCAAGUCCUGGAAACGAAUCCUCAAGGCCCUGCCCCCAGGCCUACAAAACCUGAAGUCAGAAGAGACGUUUCUUCCACUUGGGUUACCUUGGACUUAGUUUUUUGGUGCAGAACCAAGUGGGAAUAGGUGCGGCCCAGCUUCUCCCCCGAGACAUGCAGGCCAAGCACACCAAUGUUCUCACCCCUGGGCCCAGAGUCUGGGCUUUCAGAGUCUCUAGCCACCUUCUAAGCCACCAGCAAUCCUUCAUGGAAGAAGGCAAGGAUCAGAAAUCACCACAUCCCUGGCCUCCACCCUUACUGUGAGUUCCCAGGGACUUUUAGCUGGGUUCGUGGGUCCCCAGGGGCAGUGACAUCAAAUCUCAGGUUCCACUGGGAGGCCUGAGUUUGGCCACCUCUUUCCCCAAGGAUUAGCUCUGGGGUCUGAAUCCAACAAGACCAACAUCUCAGGUACUUUGUAAGAGAUUCAAACAACUAAUUCUGUUUUCCUCCCUUAUCACUUUGCACACAUGAAAUCUGUUUUUAAUAGCUUUCAAUAUAUAAUCUUUAAAAAAAAAGUCCCACAGUUUGCUCCCGCCCCCAAAUUGUUCUUAGAGAAAUUUAUCUUGUACGUUUCUUAAGAAAAUCUAUAUGUGCUCCAUGCAUUUAAAUAACACUCAUUAAAGUGAACUGCGCGCAAGCCAACUUCUCUAGUCACAGAUGAGAGACAAUCGCCUGACCUAUUGCAAAUCAAAAAGCAUUUUGCACACCACCUUUAUUUUUCAAUUGGUUAAGUUUUAAAUUAAAGUCCCAACACCCUUUUUGGGAAAUCAGACUAAUAGAGCCCUGACUGAAAUUUUCGCUCAGUCGAUUGAAAGAUAAUUACAAGAAACAAAAUGUGAAAUUUUAAAUCAGGGCACUAAUGAAGUCUAAAAAUACCAGUGGCCCAUCCUUCUGGCUGGCAAGACCUGUUCCUCAUGAAGGGGGAUCUCUCCAUAAUUACUCAACCCCGUGAGAGGCCAGGUUGUCACGUCAAACAAUGGUAGGCAGAAAUCGCACGACUGUAAUGAGCUAGAUCGAGAGGCGUUCUA